CAAAUGGAAGACCUGCCUGAUGCAGCUGUUUUGGCGACUAGACUUAAAAACACUCUCAUCCAAUACCACAGCCUUGAAGAUGACAAGUGGCGAGUUGCUAAGAAAAUGAAAGGUGUAACAAUUUGGAGGAAACCUUCAGAAGAAUUUAAUGGAUAUCUCUUCAAAGCUCAAGGUGUUAUAGACGAUGUCGUCAAUAGUGUAAUAGACCAUAUACGCCCAGGUCCCUGUCGCUUGGAUUGGGACAGCUUAAUGACCUCAUUGGAUAUUUUGGAGUACUUUGAAGAGAAUUGCUGUGUGAUGCGUUAUACUACUGCUGGUCAGCUUUGGAAUAUAAUUUCCCCAAGAGAGUUUGUUGACUUCUCCUAUACUGUGGACUAUAAAGAAGGGCUUUUAUCCUGUGGGAUAAGUCUUGACUGGAGUGAAAAGAGAUCAGAAUUUGUCCGUGGAUAUAACCAUCCCUGUGGUUGGUUUUGUGUUCCUCUUAAAGACAGUCCAAACCGGAGUCUUUUGACAGGCUAUAUUCAGACGGAACUGCGUGGAAUGAUUCCCCAGUCUGCAGUAGAUACAGCCAUGGCAAGCACUUUAAUCAACUUCUAUGGUGAUUUACAAAAAGCCUUACAAAAGGCAUAAUAUGUUUAAACUUAUAGUAUUAUAUUCCCUGAAUCAACUCUCUCCCUUAGCUGCAUGGCCUGUAAAAAUCAUCCUUUCCUGUCUUCUGCAUAGCCUGUAGAAGAUUUUGAGAUGUUUUUGGUUUAUUUUAUUCCUAAAGUAAAUAGCUAUCUAGUGUGGGCAUUUCAGUUUUCCUAAACAGUUAUUUGCACAUUGUUUGGUAUGGUGAUAUGUCUAGGAAUGGAGAGUAUGACAGAAAUCCACCAAGAAGUAGAUAUAGUUCUUUGACACAAACUCUUAAGAAAUUGAAUAGUGCCUCAGUGUGAAUAUUUUGGCUACUUAGAAAUUAGAGAAAGCCAAGCUUCGUGCUGGUAGGUUAAAAUCACCUAUUUUAGAGCUUUAUGAACAUUCUGUAAAAGUUUUAAUUUUGGGAGGAGUUAAAUAUUAAUGCUUUACUUCUCGUAUGCUCUAUGAGUUUAACAAUAUCUUGG